AUGAUGACCCCGACACCGACACCGAAUUUGUCUAUGAUUCAUACCCAGAUCCCUACUUCGACUCCGACCCUGACUCAAGCUCAAAUCCCGAUCUUGAUUCCUACUAAACCUGUAUCAUAUACAUCUUCCGCUGCACAGAUUAUGACUUCCCGACUAACAACCCGACACAUUUGUGGUGAUCCGAGACACACUCGUGCGACUUGUUUUAAAUUGCAUGGCUACCUCGAAUGGUGGGCUACUCUCAAAGGUCGAACAAAACGCGAUGCGACCAGUAAUGGUACUGGUUUUGGAUUUCAUACUUCGGAUAAGAUUGAUUCCAGGAGUUAG